AUGACCAAUCAGAUUGAAGACCUGCAGAAGGAGGCUAAGCAGAGAAGGAUUGAGUCAAACCGGGCGCGCAGACAGUUUCUGUUGGAGUUACGGCAAGCUCAAGAUGCUUUAGAUACGGACCUCAGUCCUAAGCUGCUCCAGCUGCAGCUGAGCGCGGCUAGAGACAAGGACUUGAUCCGAACACUGACUGAAGAGACCACAGCGAGAAGGGCCGAGCAGGAGGGUCUUCGAGAGCAGCUCAAACGAGCUCAAGAAGAACUCAAGGUUCGAGAUGAACAGAUCCUGGCCCUGCAGAAGGCCAAGGAUCAGACCGUAACUGAAGUCAAAGAUCAGUUAGAAGUAGCCACGACCAGAAUGAGGCGUUUGUUGGGUUUGGCGCGAGAGCGAGACACGCAGUGGAAGGAAGCCAACAGAACCCUCAAUGAAGAGCUCCGACAGACGCAGCUCCAGUUACCAGUGGCGGCACGGUGGCUGAGUGGAUAG